AUGUCUCGAUUUCAAAGCACAUCCUCUUGUUCAUCAUCAUCUUCGGGAGGAAUCAUCUCCAACAUUCUUCAUAUGGAUGUUCUCACCUUUGGCCAAUAUGCUCUCUAUGCAGUGAUUGGCUAUUACGUGAUUAGUUUUGUGUACAAGUUAAUUUUUGGAAGAAGCUACAUGUGGAAGAACGUUAAGCCUUUCGAUACUCGACUUCGUUCUUCAACUCCUCUCAAGGAAUGGGUUGAGAAAACCAGAAAGAACCCACAAGGAAGACAAAUGAUUGAAUGUACCAAUCCCGGAACGAUGGAAUCAUUAUGCGAAAAGGUUCCAGCCAUGAAUGCUCAAGACGUGGAAGAGAGAAUCGGCAUUGCAAAGAAAGCCUUUGAAACAUGGUCAAAGACUUCAUUUGAUGAUAGAAAGAGAGUUUUAUUGCACUUGUUGGAUAAUAUUCUGAAGAACAAGCAUGAAAUUGUUGCAAAGAGUUGUAAAGACACUGGUAAAACUCUUUUUGAAGCUCAUUUAGGAGAAGUAGUCAUGACUUGUGAGAAAAUCAGAUGGUUAACAACGAGAGGUCAACAAUUUCUUGAACCAGAAACUAGACACGUUCCACUCAUGAUGAUGUAUAAGGUUGGUCAAGUUCAUUAUCUUCCUCUCGGAGUUGUUGGUAUGAUUGUUCCAUGGAAUUAUCCUUUCCAAAAUGCAAUCAAUGCUGUUAUUGCUGCACUUUUUGCUGGUAACAGCGUUGUUAUUAAGGUGAGCGAAUGGGCCACUUGGUCGAGUGUUGAAUUGUAUGAAGAACUUGUUCAAGAUGCAUUGGUGAAGGCAGGAUUCUCACCUGAUAUUGUUCAAUUUAUUGUUGGAUUUGGUGAAGCGGGUAAUGCUCUUUCCAAGUCAAAGAAUGUGAGUCAUGUCUUCUUUAUUGGUUCUCCAGAAAUUGGAAAGAGGGUCAUGCUCGCUGCAGCUGAAAAUCUAACACCAGUGACCUUGGAAUUGGGAGGAAAAGAUCCAUUGAUUGUUUGUGAUGACGCAGAUAUUGAUAUUGCUGUGGAUGUUGCUGUGAGAGCCUCCUUGUACAAUUGUGGACAAAAUUGUGUUGCUGCUGAGAGAUUGUAUGUUCAUGAAAAGAUUCAUGAUCGAUUUGUUGCAAAAACUCUUGAAGUUGUCAAGGGUUUGAGACAAAGACCAACAUGUCCAAAAGCUUGUGCUCUUUCGGACGAUGAAGUCAAUGAUAUUGGUGCAAUGACUAUGGCUACAUCUAUUGAAAAGAUUGAAAAAGUUAUUGAGGAAGCUGUUCAGGGAGGAGCAAAAUUGUUACACGGUGGAAAACGAAAUCCAAAAUUGAAGGGACAAUUCUUGGAACCUACUGUACUUGUGAAUGUCAAAAACGAUAUGGGUGUGGUUCAAGAUGAAGUAUUUGGCCCUGUGGUUGUGAUUGUUAAAUGGAAGGACGACGAUGAAGUCAUCCGAAUGGCGAAUGGAACUUGUUAUGGACUUGGAUCCUAUGUCUUUUCUGGUAAUUCAAAGCGUGCUGAAGAUCUUGGACGUCGUCUUUAUGCAGGUUUAACAAUGAUCAAUGAUUAUGGUUUGAGUUACUUAAUUCAAGAUUUGCCUUUCGGAGGAGUUAAGGUUUCUGGCUUUGGUAGAUUCAAUGGUCCUGAAGGUUUGAGAGCUUUUACAGUUCAAAAGUCGUUUGUGACCAACAGAUUCCCAAUUAACAUACCUCCACCAAAGCUUAUUCGAUAUCCAACUGAGAAAUAUGCUCACAUGAUUGUUGCCCAUUUGGUUGAUUUGUUGUAUGGACCAUGGACUGGUACUCUUGGAGCUCUAACUAGAUUAAUUAGCACAUUUAUCACAAAGAAGUAA